GCCAUCCGUUCAAAAUUGUUUUCCAGCAAUGGAGCUGAAUGUGGGUGAUGCAGAGCGAGGCUACAUUCUGGAGCUCUUGAUGACGAAGUUGAAGUACGCCACGGAGGCUGUUGUUCAUUCGGAACCGCUAAGCAGCAAAACACCAAAGGCUGGUUGUGAAACUGGUCCAGAUUCUGGCUCAGGGUCAGGAGAUCAUGGAACUGAAGAUGGGGUGAACGCAGGAGCCAAUCCUGAGCGCAAUGGUGGUUGCGAUAUCUCUGCGAACAAUGGCAAGAGGAGCGAGGAAACGUCAAUGGCUGACCGCGUUCAGAUUGUUGGGAUGAGUGCUACGCUGCCAAAUGUGGCCAUGGUUGCUAAUUGGCUGAAUGCUGCUCUCUACGAUACAAGUUUCCGUCCGGUUGAGCUUAGGGAGUACUUGAAGGUCGGCACAAACAUUUAUGAUAAGGACAUGAAUGUCGUGCGAACUCUUAGUCCCGUCAGUGAUUUUGGGAGGCUGGACCCUGAUCAUUUAUGCCAUCUGUGCUAUGAGGUUGUCAAGGAUGGCCACUCGGUACUGCUGUUUUGCCAGAGUCGAAAAGCAUGCGAAAAUACGGCUGGGUUACUGGCGAAGUUGCUUCCCCAGUUCAGUGGGCCUUCCCCGCUUCGGGCAAAGGCAAGAGCUCAUAGUGAUGGGCCCGAGGAUGGUCAGGCUGCAGUGGAACUGCUCAAAAGAACACCGGCUGGCCUCUGUGAUGUCUUAGAGAAGACACUUCCUGCAGGCGUUGCCUACCAUCAUGCGGGAUUGACGGGAGAGGAGCGAGAAGUGAUAGAGUCUUGCUUCAAGCGGGGAGUGAUCCGUGUUUUGACAGCAACCUCAACGUUGGCAGCAGGGGUCAACCUUCCAGCACGAAGAGUUAUUUUCCGGUCGCCUAGAGUUGGCAUUGGAUUUAUAGAUGGUACAAGAUAUCGCCAAAUGGCUGGACGGGCGGGCAGAGCUGGCAUCGACACAGCAGGGGAGAGUAUCAUGCUGUGUAGCCAGAAGGAAAUGAGCAGGAUUAGGCUGUUGAUGACAGAAGGAGCUGAGGCACUCCAUAGUUGCCUGAAGGAGGACUCCAUACCAAUGAAACGUGCUCUUCUUGAGGUGGUUGCAGGUGGUGUUGUGCAGACAUCUGUUGACGUGGAACGUUACGUCAGAUGCACGUUGUUGGCAGCUAGUGUGCCAGUUCAAAAGGUGGUGGCAUCGGCACAAGCAGCGUUGAAGUGGCUUUGUUUAGAGAACCUGAUUACCUGGGACACAUCCACUCGACAAUAUGUAGUGACACCCCUCGGGAAAGCUGCAUUCGGGAGUUCCAUGGCACCAGAUGAGUCAUUGACUGUUUUCAAGGACCUUGGUAAAGCUCGUCAAGCUUUUGUUCUGGCCAACGAUUUGCAUAUUCUAUAUCAGUUGACGCCUAUAAACGUUACUAUUGAACCUGAUUGGCGAGUGUUCCUGGACCGGUACAUGAAACUUGAUCCCUUGGAGGAGAAUGUUGCCACUUAUGUUGGUGUCGACAAGCGUCUUAUCCUCAAGGAGACUAGCCCCUACACCACUGAGCAGCAAGAAAAGAUGGCCGCCUUAGUCAGAGAGUAUAAGGAGAGGAAAGAGCGUGAAAAGCAAGCCAAGCUAAAGGCUAUCGCAGACGAGCAGGCGGCGAAGAUGAAGAGAUUGGAGGAGGAGAUGAAGAGGGUACAACAGGAGGAGGAAGAAAGAAGGAAGGUUGCUGAAGCAAAAGCGGCAACAGAAGAAGAGAAAGAGAGGAUGAGAAUUGAGAGUGGGGAAGGAAGUAGUGGUGGCACGAUGAAGUGGGAGACAGAUACUGCGCUGGAGAAGAAGAUCAGCGAGUGGGUCGCUAAUUUAUCGUUGGGGGAAGACGAGGAGGCGGAGUCCUAUGUGACUAAGGAUGUGAAGGCUGCGCUGGCCGCUGAGCUAGCGGCCAUGACAGACCCAAUGGAACGAAGAGAGAGGGAAGACGAGCAAAAGUUAGCAUGGAAGUUGAGAAUGAAGAUGGAGAAGAAGAGGAGGAGAGAGGAAGUGAAUAAGAUGACCGCCGCAGUGGCAAAGGUGCAGGAGUGUAGAGCGGAGGUGCUGGCCCAUCCAGAUGAUAAGGCCAAGUGGGACAAAGUACUGGGCUAUUUAGAGGUGUUGAGCAAGGCCUGGAUGGAGGAGCGCCAGGCAAGUUGGAGCCAGGAUGUAGCGUUGAGUGCCUUGCGGUCCGGGUUCAGGGAUUUUGCGCGCGAAAUCGUCACCCAUAUUGGGGGUGAAGUCAAGCAAUUGAGAGACAACCUAGGGAAGUUUUGUGAGGGCGCCAUUCAGGGCUUAGCUAAUUACUAUAGGAAGUUCGUGAGGAACUUCUUCACUAUCGCCGCCCCCUUGCGCAGACUGCUAAAGAAAGAGGCAAUCUGGCAAUGGGAUAAAGAUUGUACGUCUGCGCUCAAGAAGUUAAAGCGCGCGUUAAUAGAAUAUCCUGUCCUCAAAGUUGCAGAUCCAUCCUUGCCAUUUGUCGUUACCACGGAUGCGAGUCAGUAUGGGAUAGGCGCCGUGUUGUAUCAAGACGACGACAAUGGUUAUAGACCCGUAGAGUUCAUGUCGGCGAGGAUGCCCUGUGAGAAGGUUGCUACCUCCACGUACGAGAGAGAACUCUACGCUCUCAGGCAGGCUUUAGACCAUUGGAAGCAUUACCUGCUUGGGAAGCACUUCAAAGUCUAUUCGGACCAUGAAACCCUUAGAUGGUUGAAGACCCAGGCCAAGAUGACACCUAAGUUGACUAGGUGGGCCGCAGAGAUAGACCAAUUCGACUUUCAGCUCAAGCCAGUGAAGGGCAAGUAUAACGUGGUUGCGGAUGCUCUAAGUACGAGAUCAGACUACUUUGGAGCUGUAGUACACUAUCUGGAUAUAGGGAAAGACCUGCAGGAGAAAGUGAAGCAAGCGUAUGCGCAGGACCCUAUCUAUAGCGACCUCCUAAAGAGAGUUAGAGAGGCUCCAAAGACCGAACCAGAUUACCGCACUACAGACGGAUUGUUGUUUGAGAAGACUAAUGUGUUUGACCGCCUGUGCGUCCCCAACAACGAGGAGAUUCGUAGUCUGAUCCUAGGGGAAUGCCACGAUAUUGAGGGACACUUCGGUUGGCAAAAGACAUUAGCCAAUCUAAUGCGCGCGUAUACCUGGCUCGAAAUGAAGAAUGACUGCAUAGAGUAUGUUCGCAGUUGUAAAUUUCUGGAGGCGGCGGGGUGGAGAGGAAGAAGGGGGUCGAGAGGCACGAUCCUGGCGUUCCAUCCGUAUAAGGUGGGCGGUCUCGAGGUCCUCGAUGGUGAAUUGGGAGGGGUCGAGAGAGGAAGUGUCGAAGUCGUCAUCGGAGGUGGGUUAAGUGUUAUGGAAAAAGAGGGGGCGGGAGGGAGCGGGCGCGGACUGGUGAUGGGGGUGGAGGAGUCGAUUGUGGUGAAGCAUGCGAGAGAGGAGGUCAGCAAGGGGCAUUUCGGGUUCGUGGGCGAGGGCGGUGGCAAGAUCUUUGUGGCAUACUCGCUUGAUGCGGGAGAUGAACGCAAAGUCGGGAAUGACCGUGGUGGGGAGGUGAUGGCGGAGGGAGCGGAUGUAUUGGACGAAGCGGUCUGUGGGAUCGGUUUGGCGGAGGUGGCAGAAUUGUUCGAGGUAGUCGUCAAUGGUUUUCUGGGGGCGGACGGUGGCAGCGAGAAGUCUGGCCCAUUGGAGGAAGGAGUGUCGUGGUCCUCCAGAGGCUCGGCGGUUGCUGACUUCAGCCAUCCACCAUUUGGCGGCAUUGCCGAGGAGGCGGGAAGUGGCAAUGGGGAGCCAGUGGGCAAGGGGCAUGUGGUGGAGGUGAAAAGAGUUCUGGAGCUGGGGCAGGACACAAGGAAGGAGGCACGCCAGGAGUCCCUCCGAAUCUGCAAGCGCUUCUUUUGUUCACUCAUUCUUGCGAAGAUGGUGGAGGAAGUGCCUUUGGCAAGUGUUGCUGAGGAGUAUAAUGUACCUCGAGGGAUGGUGCAGGGUCUGCAGGAUAAUGCAGGCCGAUUUGCAGGGAUGGUUACUGUGUUCUGUGAGCGGCUUGGUUGGAGCGAUUUGGAGGCGAUCAUCUCCAAAUUCCAGAACCGAGUAUCGUUUGGUGUGAAGGGGGAGAUUGUUGAGCUUACCGAAAUCCCGUUUGUGAAGGCUUGUAGAGCACGAGCACUGUACAAGGCUGGCUAUCGGACACCUCAAGCGAUUGCGGAAGCCCCGACUGGAGAGAUUGCAAAGGUUCUUGCCGGCAUCAUAAGUGGGGGAAAUCAACGCUCCAGGGAGAGGAGUGAGGAUGCGGUCCUUCGGAUGCAGUAUGGUGUAGCACGCAAAAUAAUUGCUGGCGCACGGAAAUUGGUGUAUGAACGUGCAGAGGAGGCCCGUUUGGCUGCCUUUUCUGCCUUUGCAGCUCUGGGUAUAAAUGUGCCCCAAUUAGAGACGUCCAUCCCAGAACGUAAAGUUCUCGAUAACUGGGAUGAAAAAUCGGAGCUGAAGAAGGCAUCCUCGCCCACCGAGGGCAUACCGAAAGCCCAAAUCCCAUCUGCACAAGGAGACAAUCCACCAGCAUAUGGACAUGUGGUGGAAGCAGUGGAAAUAUUACCCCAUCAAGGUGGAGGGGAAAACAGAGUGCAUACUCCUGAUCAGAAUGCUGUGGCUGGUUGCACUUCCUCGUUGCUGCCGAAGAAGACAGUUGUCAGUGGCUGUAUGAGUUAUCAAGCUACAGUUAGGGAAGAGGCUGGCACUAGCAAGCAGCCGACUGGAGCUCUGGAGGAGAUUGGGAGAGAGAAAGGGCAAACGCGUGCUCAACUGAAUGGCAAGACACAGGGCAAGGAGGAGGCCGUGGACAAGCUACCAGUUGAUGGAGCAAUGGGGUUGCACCCGCUCGACAAUAGCUCAAACCAUAGCAGAGAGGGGUCAUCGGUUCCAGGGGUUGGGUCCAAGCUUUUUGAUGGAAAUGAGGUUAUGCGGCUGGGAGAAGCUGUGGAAUGUGAGAGGGAGAAGCAACGGCAAGAAGAACUGGAGAAAGCGAAGGAACAAUCCCUGUUGGACAAAGGCCCUAUCGAUGUCGAUAAACUAGGUCCUCUUGGGUUUGAGCAGAUUUAUGGGCAGUGGAUGCUCGUCGAUGAAUUUGCAUUUGACCUGCACAUCAAUAAGACUUCUUCCAGCUCUGGAAAAGGUUGCCCGCUCGAUGUGGAAGGAAUUGCAAUCGCCUGGAAAGACUCACCAGUAUAUUACAUUCGACUUACUAAACCAGCAAGUGGGAGAAAUUCACGACGGAAUUCAGGGGCUUUUAGGAGUGCUCAUGGCAUGAUAUCUGGCGACUCGGAAAUGCCAAAGUCACCGGCAACUGCAGGAAGGACAAAUGGGAGCCCAGGUCCACAAAGAACCCCUGAAGCUGGGUAUAUGAAGACGGAUGGAACGGUGUCUGGAGGGAGUAAGCGAAGGUCCUCGGUCUUGAAGAGACAGAAGACAAUCCUGAAAGGAAUUGAUGAGCGAUGGAAUUUGAUUAAGAGAGUUUUUGAGAAUGGCGACGUAUGUAAGGUUGGGUACAAUGUGAAGAAUCAGCUGAAGGUGUUUGCCUCUGCAUCCGUGGACCUACUCGCUGGAAUGAAUAAGCGAGGAGAUGGAGUCCUGUCGGAGUUGAAUUCGCCUCUUCAACAACGCAGUUGGCAAGGAGCGUUCAGCAAUGCCACAAGAUAUACGCUACCGUCCAUCUCCCCAGAGGAUCCCAUGGUGGAUGUCUCUGUUCUGGCGUGGGUCUUGUCGCCGGAUGAGGAGAGUGCUGAAUUCUCUGAUUUGGAAAAGCUUGUGCAAAGGAGGCUUCCACGGGAGGCGCAGGCUGUUGCUUCACGGAUGGGAAGAUGGAAUCUUCAGGUUGGGCGAGCAGCUACAAAUGGAUGCUGCAGACGUGCUGCUCAAGUGCGUGCUCUUUCCGAUGUACUCAGGAGACUUGUGCGCAUGAGCGGGCUUUAUGAUCCCUUUGCGAAGACAGAGAUGCCCCUGGUUCGUGUUCUUGCAGAUAUGGAGAGAGCUGGCAUCACCGUUGACAUGACAGCUUGUCAGCGGCAACAAGUUUGCGUGCGGAAGAGGCUGCGCUCGCUGGAAAGGAGUGCCCAUAAAUGCGCAGGCGUGUUUUUCUCUCUCUCGAGUACAGCUGAGGUGGCUGAUGUAUUGUUUAAGCGCCUGCAAUUGGCAGAGCCAUAUCCCCCAAAGAAGACGGCACAGGGGAAAAAAACCCUUCACCCGUGCACUAACCAACGUGUGCUCGAGUCUCUCAAGGGUGCACACCCGGUGGUGAGUAUCAUCCAGGAGCACCGGAGGUUGGCGAAACUCCUCUGUGGCACUCUUCGCCCGAUUGAGAUCGCUGCGACAGAAUCAAGCCGUAAUUGCCAAGGACAACUCAGCACGACCAUUUCGCCUUUCAAUCGCCGCAUCGAUCUUGCUGUUAAUGGUGCGCUGCAGCGGACAGGAGACAGUAAUGAGAAUGAAUGCCUCGAAGGUGCGAAGGGCAGCGGUCUGCAGAGUGGCCAACGUCAAUCAUUCACAAGGGGACGCGUCUAUGGAACAUUAUUGCAGACAUCAACAGCUACUGGGCGGAUAUCCAUGGAAGAUCCAAAUCUUCAGUGUGUGGAGAAAAACGGCAUAACGUUCAUGGAGGAGGAAGAAGAUAAAGAAGAGCAAAAGGAGAAGGAAGUGUCAGCGGAGGGUCGAAACGGUCCCACGUCUUCUUCAUAUGCAAAAACGGCACCAGCGACAACAACGACAGACAGUCUCAAUCGACGGCUAGUAACCGUCAAUCCGCGGGAGCUGCUAGUUCCAUCAUCAGCAAACCGCGUUCUCAUGUCGGCGGAUUACUCGCAGAUCGAGCUUCGGCUGAUGGCUCACUUUUCCGGCGAUCCGGAGCUCGUGCGCUUGCUUCGUGCGACGAGUGGCGAUAUUUUCCGGAUGAUCACUGCUCAGUGGAGAAAUAAACCAGAGGCAGAGGUGGACAGCAGAGAGAGAGAGAAAACGAAAUCGCUUGUGUAUGGUAUUCUGUACGGUCAGGGUGUUUCUACCACUGCGGAGAGGAUGGAGUGCAGUUUAGCGGAGGCAGCAGAGUGUAGCAGCCUCUUCAAGAAAGCAUUUCCGCGCGUGUCACAGUGGACGGACGAGGCGAUAGAGUCCUGCCGUCGAACCGGAUACGUCGAAACACUUAACGGGAGACGGCGCUACCUCGACAAAAUCAAUGGCCACAACCGAAAUCAGCAGGCCCAGGCAGAACGCCAAGCCGUGAACUCAAUUUGCCAGGGAUCUGCAGCAGAUAUCAUCAAGUUGGCGAUGAUUCGACUGCAUUCUCAAAUUACGGGUCAAGCCCCCCCCCCAUGUGAUGAUAUGGGCAGCUCUGAUCCUACUACCGUUGAUGGUGCCGCAAAAGCUGAUGGAUUGAGGGGCAACGUGGGGAAUGAUGACGGCAGGGACACUGACGUCAGGCCUAACCUCGCCGAUAAAUGCACUCUGUUAUUGCAGAUUCAUGAUGAGCUUCUGCUGGAGGUUGACUCCACGUUUGUCUCUCUGGUCGCAGAUGUGGUACGGAAAUGCAUGGAAACAGCGAUUGAGCUGAAAGUACCCCUGCAAGUCAAAAUAAAGGUCGGAGAAUCUUGGGGAUCACUACGUCCAUUUGAUGAGCGCACGCCGAAGAAUUAAGUGCAUCACUGCAUCAUCUAUUAAUUUCAGCCAACACCACAUGAGAGGGGGUUGACCAAAAGAUAACGGAGAGGGUUUAACAGGUGCGACUCCCUCCUCCUCCUCCUCCUCCUCCUCCUCCUCCUCCUCCUCCUUGUCGCCCCCAUGUAGAAUAAAUUGAGCAGGAGAAG